UCUCUCUCCGGCCGGCGAUUAUUCCGCCGUUACUGUUCCUGUAAUAUUUUGAUUGAUGGAGGAGAAAAGGGUUCGACGUACCGCUAAUUGUUCAGAAAGAAAGGAUUGUAUUAGUGAGCUGCCUGAUGAAAUACUCGUUUGUAUACUCUCACGUCUGACGCUAAGGGAAGCCGUGGUUACUAGUGUCCUUUCAAGAAGAUGGGAGUAUUUGUGGGCAUCUAUUUAUUCGCUCGACUUUGAUCAUACAAAAACAUCAGGCAAGAUAACACUAACCCGCUCAAUAAAAUUAAAUAGUCCUGAGUUAACUGAAAUUGAAAGGCCGAGAUACGUCAACUGGGUGAAUCGUGUUUUGGAACAGCAUAGAGACCCAACUAUAGAUGAAUUCCGGGUUUGGUCUAAUUUGGAUAAAGGUUAUGCGCGAGAUAUUAAUAGGUGGAUUAUGUUUGCAAUGCAAAAGCGAGUUCAAAGGCUUGAGAUUCACUUGUCAGGAUUUUGAUCAUGUAAUCCUUGGCCUUCAUCAUGUUAUACUUUUCCAUAUCAACUACUUUUAUAUCCUCAAUUAUGUUUGGAUAUUCCUUGGCAUACAUUUGUUGGCUUCAAGUCCCUCAAAGAUCUCACUUUGAAGGAGGUUAAUAUGUCCUGUGAAGUUCUGGAGUAUUUUUUGGCCAAUUGUCCCAAUCUUGAACGAUUAGUUGUGCAUCAAUCAGAACAUUUGAAGAAAUUAAGAGUUGUUGGCUCAUCCCUCCCUUUGAAACACUUGCGGGUAUCCUUCUGCAUCAGCUUAAAAUCCAUCAAGAUCUGUGACACAAACCUUGUUUCUUUUAAGUAUGUGGGACCAACGACAAGGUUGCUUGUUAAUAAUGCUCCACUGCUUGUUGAUGUAUCUAUUUCCCAUGGAAUGUAUUCUAAUUUUAUGCUUCGCCAGCUUUCAUCAUGUUUUUCUCAGCUACAGGUUCUUACAUUGAGCAAAUGGCAUUUGCAGGAUAAAAUAAAGCUUCGAUUGUUUACUGGUUUAAAGAAUCUUAAGAAAUUAGUAUUAGAAAUCGGAGCAAAGGAUGAUGAAAGUCUCCUCCUUUUCACUUCCUUGAUAGAGGCAUGCCCUUGCUUGCAAAUAUUUGUGUUCAAGAUAACGUGGACUAGCCCUCCAAACAAGAAGAGAAGAGUGAUAAAAGCUGUAAAAUGCCCACAUUAUCAUCUCAAAGUGGUGGAAGUAGGUGGAUAUUAUUGUGGUAGUAGUGAUUUUGAACUUGCCAUGUACUUCAUUGAUAAUGCUACGAUACUUGAAAAAUCAUAAUUGAUCCGCGAUACCAAUGUAAGUGGUAUUCAAUAUCAAGGAUUGAAACUAAGGAAGAGCAAGAGAUGGAACAAACUAGAAGGCGUCGUGCCAGGUGGCAGCUCGAGUCAAAAGUACCUCCAAGAAUCAAGUUGGAGAUCCUUUAAUCUUAAUGCACAUUGCAAUUAAGACGCGAACUAUGUAUUGAUUCUCCCCCUCCCCCUCCCCCUCUUUUGGCCAUUAUUAUAUGACGCUCAAAAUUACUAAAGGAUUAUAGAUAUGACUAUUGUAUUGGUAAUUUGAAAUAAUUAAAAAUUCCAAGGUGUGCUUGCUGA